UGCUUCGUAUUGAUUCCAGGUUUUAAAGAUGAGUCAGGACUUCCCUGGCGGUCCAGUGGUUGGGACUCCGAGCUUCCACUGCAGUGGGCAUGGGCUCAGUCCCUAGUUGGGGAACUAUCAAUAGGAUCCUGCAUGCCUUGAGACACGGCCAAACAAACAAAACAGAUGAUGGGUCACAUGAUUUCUUUUCCCCUGUAUUUGUAAGGUGGAGCAGGACGUGUUGGGUCGCACAGAGCAGAAACUGGAUGUUAGAAAAUGCAGCUGGGAGGCUGGAAGUUUCUUUAAUCUUAAUCGGGCCCUAGUGGAGUUUCGUACGUUGUCUUGGCUGUUUCUGGGCCCAGGCUGUCAGUUUCCUUAAGCUGAAUUACGACCCUCUCCUCGGGCUUUGUUUGCUGUGUUGUUGGUUUGUGGCAGAGAGACAAGAUGUGACAUUUUUGCUGGGAGCCUUGGAGUGAUUAUUUCCUCUGUGGUCCUUCCUUCGAUUACCUUCCAUUUGGACACACAAUUCUGUGUACCUUUUCCUUCUGAAAAAAGAAUGGAGAUCAGCCUGAGCCUCUGACUGCUUUCCAGAACCACUGUAUCUGCCGAGGUCACUUGCUGGAGUCCUCGUGACGACUGCAUCCAGUGCUGGUCGGGGGGUGGAGUACAGUUUAUGAUCCUGCACAAGUGCCUCCAGGCCUGUUGAUCAGUUGGACCCUGUCUCGAGGCAGCACUGACAGAUUCUUCUUCCUUCCAAGAAUCUCCAAGGUCUGCGGUCUGGUUGAAAGAUGUCGGCCCUCACUGCCCUGUUUAAGUACGUUGAUGAGAAUCAGGAUCGCUACGUUAAGAAGCUUGCGGAAUGGGUGGCCAUCCAGAGCGUGUCUGCGUGGCCGGAGAAGAGAGGUGAGAUCAGGAGGAUGAUGGAGGUCGCCGCUGCCGACAUCAAGCAGCUGGGGGGCUCCGUGGAGCUGGUGGACAUUGGGAACCAGAAGCUCCCUGAUGGCUCGGAGAUACCACUUCCGCCCAUUUUACUCGGCACACUGGGCUCCGACCCGCAGAAGAAAACGGUGUGCAUUUAUGGACAUCUGGACGUGCAGCCGGCAGCCCUGGAGGACGGCUGGGACAGCGAGCCCUUCACCUUGGUGGAGCGAGACGGCAAACUGUACGGGAGAGGAGCCACCGAUGAUAAGGGGCCAGUGGCCGGCUGGAUGAACGCCCUGGAAGCCUUCCAGAAAACGUGUCAGGAAGUCCCCGUCAACGUCCGCUUCUGUCUGGAGGGCAUGGAGGAGUCUGGCUCCGAAGGCCUGGACGCGCUGAUCUUUGCCCAGAAGGACGCGUUCUUUAAGGAUGUGGACUACGUCUGCAUCUCCGACAACUACUGGCUGGGGAAGAACAAGCCCUGCAUCACCUACGGGCUCCGGGGCAUCUGCUACUUCUUCAUCGAGGUGGAAUGCAGCAACAGGGACCUGCACUCCGGCGUGUACGGCGGCUCGGUGCACGAGGCCAUGACCGACCUCAUCAUGCUGAUGGGCUCCUUGAUGGACCAGAAGGGGAGGAUCCUCGUCCCCGGCAUCAGUGAGGCGGUGGCCUCCGUGACAGACGAGGAGCUGGAGCUCUACGACAAGAUCGACUUCGACCUGGAGGAGUACGCCCGGGAUGUGGGGACAGAGACCCUGCUGCAUGACUGCAAGAAAGACGUCCUGAUGCACAGAUGGCGGUACCCGUCCCUCUCCUUCCACGGGAUCGAAGGUGCCUUCUCUGGGUCGGGGGCCAAGACCGUGAUUCCUCGCAAGGUGGUCGGCAAGUUCUCCAUCAGGCUCGUGCCAGACAUGACUCCUGAAGUGGUCAGCGAGCAGGUUACGAGCUACUUGACCAAGAAGUUUGCUGAACUGCACAGUCCCAACAAGUUCAAGGUGUACCUGGGCCACGGUGGGAAGCCCUGGGUAUCCGACUUCAACCACCCUCAUUACUUGGCUGGGAGAAGAGCCCUGAAGACAGUUUUUGGUGUUGAGCCGGACUUGACCAGGGAAGGCGGCAGUAUCCCUGUGACUUUGACAUUUCAGGAGGCCACGGGGAAGAAUGUCAUGCUGUUGCCCGUGGGGUCAGCAGAUGACGGAGCCCACUCCCAGAAUGAGAAGCUCAACAGGCACAACUAUAUUGAAGGCACCAAGAUGCUGGCUGCGUACCUGUACGAAGUGUCCCAGCUGAAGAACUGAGCACCGCCCUCCUCCCAUCACCUCGCGCCCUUCCCGUCGCUCAGGAACGCGGAAGCCCGUCUCUCUCCUUUCCCUCUCGUCAGAUUCUCCAGGCAUCCGGCAGUGGACACGAGACCACAUGUCAGGAUGGAGUUAACCUAUCCCGGCAGCGAUCAAUGUUCAGUCCUGGGGGCUUGUAAACGACCCUGGGUGACAGCUGAAUUCUCAGUGGUGUCUCCAGAAAAUAGCCGAGGCCUAAAAGCACAGGUUCUUCUGUAGAACGUUCUGGUCGAUGUCUACUGGGCUGAAGAGAGGCCUUGGUGCUUCCUGGUCCCACCUCUGCCCCCAGAGCCAGGGCCGCACACACCUGGAGCAUUGAGUCGCGGGCACCUAGUGCCUCGAGGGCCAUCCUUUCUGUCCGCUGCUGUCUUGAGCACAUUCUCUCCUUUUCUCAAGACCUUAACUGUUACUGGUGUUCCACAUCUUCUCUUUACUACGAUCCCUCAAAACCUAAACCUACUGGGAGGGUUAUCUGAUCUCAAUCUGAGUUGCUAAAUAAAAAAUAAAAACUGAGCCUCUGGAGGA